AUGUAUUUCCUGCACGACAUGGAGCGAACCAUCACGCUGCAUCCAUCAUUCUUUGGCCCACGCGUAAAGGAGUACAUCAGAGGCCGACUUAUGGAAGAUGUCGAGGGAACAUGCACUGGCCAAUUCUACAUUAUUUGUGUGAUGGAUACAGAUACCCAAGACUUUUCUGAAGGGCGAGUGGUCCCGGGCAGUGCUGUCGCAGAAUACACAGUGCACUAUCGAGCCGUCGUAUGGAGGCCUUUCAAGGGCGAAACGGUCGACGCCAUAGUCAGCUCUGUGAACAGAGAGGGUAUUUUCGCUGACGUUGGACCUCUCCCAACCUUUGUCUCCAAGCAUAUGAUCCCGAGCGAUAUCAAAUGGGAUCCGAAUGCUACUCCGCCACAGUUCACGGACAACGGAGACCAAGUCAUUGAGAAGGGUACACAUCUACGGAUCAAGAUAAUGGGGACCAGGAGUGAUGUUGGCAGUAUGUUCGCUAUUGGAAGUAUCAAAGAGGACUUUCUGGGAAUGCGAACCCUUGCCAAGAGGAACAUCAAAGAUGUAGAGGAAGAGGCUCUACGACAGAUCCUUCGUCUUGACGGCGGGACUUCGUACCAACUCUGCGAAAAGAGACCUCCAGCUCUUAACGAAAGCUGGCUGAGCUUGGAUUUCAAAGGGUUUGGGUGA